AUGAGGUCAGACUUCUUGCCAGGGGCUUGGGACAUGUGGAGAGCCUACUCUGACAUGAGAGAAGCCAAUUACAAAGAUUCAGACAAAUACUUCCACGCCCGGGGGAACUAUGAUGCCGCACAGAGGGGACCUGGGGGUGCUUGGGCGGCAAAAGUGAUCAGCGAAGCCAGAGAGAAUUCUCAGAGGAUCACAGACUUUUUUCGGCAUGGAGACAGCGGCCACGGAGCUGAGGACUCGAAGGCUGACCAGGCUGCCAAUGAAUGGGGCCGGAGCGGCCAAGACCCCAACCACUUCCGACCUGUUGGCCUGCCUGACAAGUAUUGAGCUUCCUCUUUGCUCUGCACUCAGGGCAGGGACUGGGAGCCCCUUGAGGGCAGGGACACCCAGUCAUUGAGUUCUCUGUCCAGAGAUGCUGGUGGAGGGCACCUAACAGGUGUCUAAUAAAUGCUUAAGAGGUUGUUGAAAA